AUGCUUAUACCUUCAUCUCUUGCCAAACGAAAUAAGUCUAUCGCGUAUCUACGUCACCAGUUCAAUGGUGGCUCCAUGCGCCUUUGCGGCUUCCCACUUGUGCUGCAGCUUCUUACAUUCUGCCAAAUACCGGCGUUAUUAAGUAAGCUGAAACAUACAGCGAAACUUCCCUCUCUUAUCGAUCUCCCUGGAGUCGAGAUCCCUACUCAUGGGUCUGUAAUACUAUCUGACGUGCACAAAGCAGAGUUUGACCACAAUGAUACCCCAUCUGGUUCGAAGGAUUUGAAAAACCGCCGCAAAAGGAAAACUACUGCUGAUCUUAAGGCAACCGCUCCCACAAACUCCCAACAAAAUCAUGAAUGGGUAGUUGCACAACUGCUACAGUUAAACCAGCAGUUGCAGCUUCUCACUGAAAAGCAAAACUACAUGGACCAGCAGUUGCGAAGCAAGCAAAGGCCAGUAAUGUGCAACCUUUCAUCACUAGGCCUUCGCAACUCUCGGAAGAAGGUUUCAUCAUCUACUCAACCCCAACCGCGAACACCAUCCAUUUCCACGUCUCCCUCAACUCCACCUUCCAUCAGUCUCAACCAAGAACUCUCUAUGCCACUGGAGAAUACACCACACAUUACAGACCCUCUCCAAAACUCCCCCGAGUACGUGGUCCGAUGUAGUAAUAAUCACCCGGAAAAAUCAAGCGCUCCCAACUACGUACUACACGCAAUCGACAACCCCUCUCCAACCACAGGAAAAGAUAUUGAACCGAACUCUAAUCAAGCUCCAGAUUAUAUGGUUGUUGACACUGAGUAUCCCAUUCAGCCAAACCAAACCAAUAUAUUACGUGUCACAGCUGCGCUUUCUCAUUAUAACUAUACAUCGUCCACAGGUAUCUCCCUCUUCCAUGAACCCCUGCCUUCCUCCGACGAUGUUGUCUGCCCAAUCGAACACCAAGCUGCGCAUGACGCUACAAGUGUCCACACUCAUGUGGACAAUCAUACAAUGGACAUUGCCAAGAUAAACAUGCACCACGUGGAUGUUGAAAAAAUUCCACAAGUGGACAUAUACAUGGUGGACAACCAGCAGGUGGAGACGAAUCAGAUCAUGGAUGAACAAGCCAAUACUACAACAGCCUCUGCCCAAGUCGCGGUUGAUGACAAGGACAAACCACCCCCAUCCUCUGAAAAGGUGGAUACUCAUCUUUCCACUACUCCAGCUGUAGUGGACACCGUCGCUGUCGACACACCGGAUUUAACUGCUACCAACGUAACAAAGUCGAUCGAAGAGGAACAUCAGCUGGUCCUUGCCCUAACGACAACUAUUGCUGACAGUCCAAUAACGGCAAACAUAUUUCCCAACUCUGAUGGAAACCCUCCUAGCUGCUACGGUGCACCAAAGGCAGACCCUAGGGACAGAACAAAUUGUCCCACCACUCGAUCAUGUUCUGUGGAAGCUAUUCGAGCAAACCCUAUCAUUGAUGCCAAAUCUGUAUGUCUAUCUACACUUAGUUUCACUUAUAAGACGGGGCAACAUAAUUCUCUAGCUACUCUGACCACCCAUAUUAGGCUAACAUAUUUUUCAAUUUCACUCAAAAUUCACUACACAAAAUCAUGUGGGGCUUUCGACAACAACUUCCUCCUGCAGCUAGCAAAACCGAAAGGAUGGACAACAGCUCAGGUCCUCAUGUCAUGGUUUAGAACUAAACACAUGGCGAAUGCAAAUCGAGAAGUUGUGGCUUUCUGCGACCCCAGUCUAAUUGGUUACUUCUUAGCCAAAGAACGUAACCUUGGAAGCAUCGAGAUACUCGAUCCACUACCCAAGUUCAAAUGCAAUCGAAAGGUGGCCACCUGGAUGCACCCCAUCUGCGAGAUGCUCCCUUAUGCAGUCAACAGCCUCUGCCCCCAAAAUUCACAAAGCAACGGCCUGCUUCCCUACACUUGGAAAGGCAUCGAUGAUAUAUACAAAAAUGAACGCUGCAACUGUUGGCCUAUCGCCGUCAAGUUCAUGGAACUGCACGCCGCCGGCGAUCCCGAUCCAGGUAUGUGUGGACUGACAUAUGCUUUAGUGGAUGACUUCUGUAAACAAUAUGCAAUGGACAUCUACCGAGACCUUGUAAUACCACUCUACCUCAACCCGCCAGCCUAA